UUAAAAAAAGUGUCCUUUUGCUAUUCCUGUUGUACUGAUGGGGAGAGGAAUGCUGUAUGUGACACUGCAAAGUCACUGCCAGCUUCCUGUUGCUGUUGUCUUCCCUCAAAGAGUGAUUUGCACUGAGGUUUAAUUGGGGUGUGGCCAUGUGUGCUGGACAAAAACAACGGGAUCCUCAGUCUGGCUGAGUAAAAAGGAUUCUUUGGCAUCCAUACAGAGCAUUCUUUUAACUUGCUUUGCUGUUAUUUUCUGGUGCUUUCUCUUUCUGUGUUGACAGUCACAUUUAAUUCACUGCCAUCUUGAAUAUUCCUAUUACGAGUCUCUGCAGCACAGCUACAGGCCAAGUGAUCUCUGUGGGGCAUCUCUAAUACUUUUACCAUAAAUGAUGCCAUUUUGUCAUCUCUCAUGUUCUACAGCAAUUUAUGCAUUUCUGUUUUAGACUACUUCAGAUGUAUAAUGAGCUACAGAAGCGUUAUGUUAAAGAAACCAAAACAAACAAGGAGCAAAGCGAAGCAAUUAAAAAUCUCACUGGGUUUUGUGCUGACAAAAAGCCCAGUGUGAUCCUUAGAGCAGCCCAAGCUGUUUUCAUCUGAGAGGAGAACUUGAGCCAUUGUCUUAUGCUGGUACUGCAAUGCUGAGUUCUAGCUCAACUGCUGUGAAGAAUUUCCCUCUGAAGAGGAGGCUCUGUUUUCUGCUGAAACUUGUGUGCUUUGUCAGCUCAGUGUUAAUAUUUUGUGAAUUUUUAAUUUACUAUGUGGUAAUAUUUCAAUGCCGAUGGCCAAACGUGAAAGGUGGAGCUCACAUGACUGAAAAAGAGACUUCAGCUUCAGUCCUAAAGGCCAUAAUUUUAGCUGAUACACACCUACUUGGUGAAAUCAAAGGACAUUGGCUGGAUAAGCUAAGAAGGGAAUGGCAAAUGGAGAGAUCUUUCCAAACUGCCUUAUGGUUACUGCAGCCAGAUAUUGUUUUUAUUCUGGGAGAUGUUUUUGAUGAAGGAAAAUGGAGCUCACCUCAGGCCUGGGCAGAUGAUGUCAGGAGGUUCCAGAAGAUGUUCCAGCAUUCAGUUUUUACAGAGCUGGUGGUCAUCGCUGGGAACCACGACAUCGGAUUUCAUUACGAAAUGACUACUUACAAGGUAAAUCGAUUUGAAAAGGUUUUCAACUUUACUUCAGGAAAGCUGAUAACUCGGAAAGGAAUAAACUUUGUCCUAGUGAACAGUGUGGCCAUGGAGGGCGAUGGCUGUGCUGUCUGCCGUACCUCAGAGGCAAAACUUGUGGCACUUUCUCACAAACUGAAUUGCUCCCAGCAGAAACCAAAUCAUUCCAACAAAAGAUGUAGUGAUGUGGAAAAGCUUCCAGCUUCAGAACCCAUCCUUUUACAGCAUUACCCUCUCUAUCGGAAAAGUGAUGCUGAAUGCACUGGAGAAGAUUCUGCUCCUCCAGAGGAGAAAAACAUCCCCUUUAAAGAAAAGUAUGAUGUACUGUCUCAAGAGGCAUCACAAAAGCUGCUAUGGUGGUUUCAGCCCCGUUUGAUUCUCAGUGGGCACACUCAUAGUGCUUGUGAAGUGCUGCAUGCAGGGAAAAUUCCAGAAAUCAGUGUCCCAUCAUUCAGUUGGAGGAAUAGAAACAAUCCUAGUUUCAUCAUGGGCAGCAUAACACCAACUGACUUCUCCCUCCAAAAAUGCUUCCUUCCAUUUGAGAGCAGAGUCUUCACUAUCUACUGUGCAGCAGGUGCUCUGCUUGUGAUCCUGGUACUAGCUCAUGUUCAGCUUCUCACUCCACCGUUUUAUUUUGCUCAGCGUUUAAUCAGUAAGCAUAAAGCAGUAUGAAGAGCCAGACAUCUGCAUUCAGUCACUGAAAUACCAAAGCUGAGAACAGUCAAACAUCAGACUAUAUUCAUGCCAGCAAAUGACCUAAUUUGAUUGCUAGUCUGAAGGCAGGUUGCAUUUACACAUACCAUAGAAGUCCUAUACAGCUGAUAUGACUACUACAGGAUAAAUAAUUAACUGAAAUGAACGUUUCAUGCUGUACAAAAAUACUGUAUUCGACAAUCAAAUGAGUCCUUUUCCUGCUAUAAUUUUUGUAUCAAAUAUGUAUAUUAAAAGUGUAACUGUACAUUAUG